AUGCUUUUCAAAGUGGAUUUUGAGAAGGCCUAUGAUUCGGUGGAUUGGGGAUACCUGGAUAAGGUUAUGGAGAGAAUGUCGUUUCCAACAUUGUGGAGGAAAUGGAUUAGGGAGUGUGUGGGCACGGCUACGGCUUCUGUUCUUGUUAAUGGUUGUCCAACUGACGAAUUCCCUCUCGAGAGGGGCCUUAGACAAGGAGACCCUCUAUCUCCUUUCCUUUUUCUCUUAGCUGCUGAGGGUUUGAAUGUGUUGAUGGAGGCUAUGGUGACUCAAAACUUUUUUACGGGGUAUAACAUGGGUGAGUUUGAUCCUAUAUCGGUGACGCAUCUUCAAUUUGCUGAUGACACUCUUCUGCUUGGUGAAAAAAGUUGGGCUAAUGUUCGAGCCUUGAGGGCUGUUCUGGUGCUGUUUGAGACGAUGUCUGGCUUGAAAGUUAAUUUCAACAAAAGUAUGUUGGUUGGGGUUAAUAUUCCUGAUUCUUGGUUACACGAGGCUGCGUCGGCUCUAUGUUGUAAAGUGGGAAAGAUUCCUUUCCUUUAUCUGGGUCUUCCUAUUGGGGGCGAUUCGAGGCGUUUGGUCUUUUGGGAACCGUUGUUGGAUCGUUUAAAAAAUAGAUUAUCUGGGUGGAAAAGUCGUUUUCUUUCUUUUGGUGGUCGUCUGGAGUAUGGAGGUCUGGGGGUUAGGCAGUUGAGGGAGUUCAACUUGGCACUUCUAGGUAAAUGGUGUUGGAGGAUGUUAGUGGAUAGAGAGGGGAUGUGGUUUAGAGUGUUGGCAGCUCGGUACGGGAUGGAGCGAGGGCGUCUGCGAGAUGGAGGGAGGAAAGGGUCUACGUGGUGGCGAGAGAUAGUGAGUAUUAGGGAGGGUGUUGGUGUGCCAGAGGGAAGAUGGUUUGGGGAUCAUGUUGUUAGGAGGGUGGGGGACGGUGUCGAUACUUUUUUCUGGACCGAUCCCUGGUUGGAUGAGAACCCGUUGAGUGAGCGGUUUGGGCGUUUGUUUGAGUUGGCUGAGACCAAAUUGCUUACGGUGUCUGAGAUGUUCCAUCGUGGGUGGGGGACGGAUGGGGCGGCCUGGGUGUGGCGUAGACAGUUGAGGGCGUGGGAGGAGGAGAUGUUAGGGGAGUGUCAGUCUUUACUUUCUAACAUUUCUUUACAGGCACAAUAUUCAGAUAGGUGGCAGUGGCAGCCAGACCCCGAUACAGGCUUUACUGUUCGUGGAGCAUAUCAGCUUUUGACUUCAAUUCACCCGGUUACUUUGGAUGAGGCAGAGCAUCUCAUUUGGCAUCCUCAGGUUCCCUUGAAGGUUUCCAUUUUGGCGUGGCGUUUACUGCGUGACAGGUUGCCCACUAAGUCAAACCUGGUCACUAGAGGCAUAUUAUCUUCUGCAGCUCAUCUGUGUGUAUCUGGUUGCGGGUUGGUAGAGUCGGCUCAUCACUUAUUCAUAUCUUGCAGCACUUUUGGUCCUCUUUGGGAUCUAGUUCGGACUUGGAUUGGUAUUUCUUCGGUGGAGUCUACUUCUAUCAGGGAUCAUUUUGUUCAGUUUACUCUCUCAGCUGGUGGAUCUAGAGCACGUCGGUCUUUUUUACAACUCAUUUGGCUUGCUAGCGUAUGGGUUGUGUGGACGGAAAGAAAUCACAGGUUAUUCAGGGGCUCAGUCAGUACUAUUUAUCAGUUGUUGGACAAGAUUAAGCUUUUUUCCUAUAGGUGGUUGAAGACGACGAGUGUUACUUUAGUCGCAAACUACCAUAGUUGGUGGUCUAGUCCUUUAUUAUGUUUGGGCCUUGUAUGAUUGUUUAUUUUUUCUCUAUGACUAUUUGUAAACUUUGAUAGUCUAUCUU